AUGCUUGCCAACAACCAAAGUGUAACUGUUAUUAGUGCCUAUGCUCCAACAUUUGACUCACAAGACAAAGCCAAGGAGACCUUCUAUGCUGACCUGGACAAGGUCCUAACCAACAUCCCCAAGGAGGAUAAGCUAAUCCUGCCUGGUGACUUCAACGCCAGAAAAAGAAGGGUGCAGAAAAAGCAGAGCUGCCCAAAGCUCAACCUCGAACGGCUGGGUGACAUCAGCACUCAACAACAGUUCCAAGCAGUGCUCAGUGCUGAACUGCCCAAGCAGUAUCCAGCACAUACUGAAACGCACUGGGACAUGCUUAGGUCCGCAAUCAUCGACACAUGUAAAAACAUCCUUGGAUAUAAAACCAAGAAACACCAAGACUGGUUCGAUGAGAAUGACCAGGAAAUCCAGCUCAUCAACAUCAAGCGGCAAGCCUUUAUCAUCUGGCAGAAUGACAUCCACUGCAGAAGAAAAAGAACAGUCCGUGCAAAAGCAAAGACAGCUGUCCAAAGCCGGCGCCCCCAUGUGCGCCUGGUUGGUGGUCCCAAUAAUUGCUCUGGGAGGGUGGAGGUGUAUUAUUCAGGGCAGUGGGGGACAGUGUGUGAUGAUUACUGGGACCUGAAUGACGCCCAGGUGGUGUGCCAGGAGUUGGGCUGUGGAGCAGCCUUGAGGGCACACCUCUAUGCACACUUUGGAGAGGGGGCAGGCCCUAUCCUGCUGGAUGAUGUUGGGUGCACAGGGAGUGAGGGGGCGCUGCUAGAGUGCCCAUCAACAAGGAUAGGUGUGCACAAUUGUCGCCACCAUGAGGAUGCCGGCGUUAUAUGCAUGGACAAUCUCCCAGUGCGCCUUGUCGGUCCCAGUAACUGCUCUGGGAGGGUGGAGGUGUACAAACUGGGCCAGUGGGGGACAGUGUGUGAUGAUGAGUGGGGUCUCAGAGAUGCCCAGGUAGUGUGCCAGGAACUAGGCUGUGGGGCAGCAGUCGAUGCACCCAGGAGAGCCUGGUUUGGGAUGGGACAGGGAAUCCCAAUUCUAUUAGACAAUGUGCAGUGUGCUGGAACAGAGGGGUCACUGCUGGACUGCCCCUCCCUUCCUAUGGAGCAGCACAACUGCGCACACCAUGAGGAUGCAGGUGUAGUCUGUGCGGGUGAGUCUCCUACACUCCGUUUGGUUGGUGGUCCCAGUAACUGCUCUGGGAGAGUGGAGGUGUACCAGCUGGGCCAGUGGGGGACAGUGUGUGACGAUUACUGGGACCUGAAUGAUGCCCAAGUGGUGUGCCGGGAGCUGGGCUGUGGGGAAGCUCUGUUUGCCACUGGUGAAGCCAGGUUUGGUCAGGGUGUCGAUCCAAUUACUCUGGAUGAUGUGGCGUGUAAUGGCCAGGAGGGAGCACUGGAAGAUUGCAGGGGAAGGGAGCCGGGGACACACAACUGCAUGCACUCAGAGGAUGCAGGCGUAGUCUGUGCAGACAUCUCCUUUAUAGCGCGCCUGACGAACGGCCCUGACCGCUGCUCUGGAAGGGUGGAGGUGUACCACUCGGGACAGUGGGGGACGGUGUGUGAUGACGGUUGGGGUCUGAGCGACGCCCACGUGGUCUGCAGACAGCUUGGUUGCGGGGUGGCUAUAGACGCUCUGGGAUCAGCCCGGUUUGGGGAAGGUAACGGCUCGAUUGCGCUGGAUGACCUGGCGUGUUUUGGUUCGGAAGAUUCUCUGCAGGACUGCGGCCACAGUGGGCUGUGGAUCCACAACUGUGGCCACCAUGAAGAUGCUGGAGUCAUAUGCUCUGGUAGGACGUGCUUGACGAACGGCCCUGACCGCUGCUCUGGAAGGGUGGAGGUGUACGGCUCGGGACAGUGGGGGACGGUGUGUGAUGACGGUUGGGGUCUGAGCGACGCCCAUGUGGUCUGCAGACAGCUUGGUUGCGGGGUGGCUAUAGACGCUCUGGGAUCAGCCCGGUUUGGGGAAGGUAACGGCUCGAUUGCGCUGGAUGACCUGGCGUGUUUUGGUUCGGAAGAUUCUCUGCAGGACUGCGGCCACAGUGGGCUGUGGAUCCACAACUGUGGCCACCAGGAAGAUGCUGGAGUCAUAUGCUCUGGCAGCUCUGCCAGCACCCAGCCUACGGAAGCGGCAGGGUCUUCCAACAUCUCCUUUAUAGCGCGCCUGACGAACGGCCCUGACCGCUGCUCUGGAAGGGUGGAGGUGUACCACUCAGGACAGUCGGGGACGGUGUGUGAUGACGGUUGGGGUCUGAGCGACGCCCAUGUGGUCUGCAGACAGCUUGGUUGCGGGGUGGCUAUAGACGCUCUGGGAUCAGCCUGGUUUGGGGAAGGUAACGGCUCGAUUGCGCUGGAUGACCUGGCGUGUUUUGGUUCGGAAGAUUCUCUGCAGGACUGCGGCCACAGUGGGCUGUGGAUCCACAACUGUGGCCACCAUGAAGAUGCUGGAGUCAUAUGCUCUGACAUCUCCUUCAUAGCGCGCUUGAUGAACGGCCCUGACCACUGCUCUGGAAGGGUGGAGGUGUACCACUCGGGACAAUGGGGGACGGUGUGUGAUGACGGUUGGGGUCUGAGCGACGCCCAUGUGGUCUGCAGACAGCUUGGUUGCGGGGUGGCUAUAGACGCUCUGGGAUCAGCCCGGUUUGGGGAAGGUAACGGCUCGAUUGCGCUGGAUGACCUGGCGUGUUUUGGUUCGGAAGAUUCUCUGCAGGACUGCGGCCACAGUGGGCUGUGGAUCCACAACUGUGGCCACCAUGAAGAUGCUGGAGUCAUAUGCUCUGACAUCUCCUUUAUAGCGCGCCUGACGAACGGCCCUGACCGCUGCUCUGGAAGGGUGGAGGUGUACCACUCGGGACAGUGGGGGACGGUGUGUGAUGACGGUUGGGGUCUGAGCGACGCCCACGUGGUCUGCAGACAGCUUGGUUGCGGGGUGGCUAUAGACGCUCUGGGAUCAGCCCGGUUUGGGGAAGGUAACGGCUCGAUUGCGCUGGAUGACCUGGCGUGUUUUGGUUCGGAAGAUUCUCUGCAGGACUGCGGCCACAGUGGACUGUGGAUCCACAACUGUGGCCACCAUGAAGAUGCUGGAGUCAUAUGCUCUGGUAGGAACAUCUCCUUCAUAGCGCGCUUGAUGAACGGCCCUGACCGCUGCUCUGGAAGGGUGGAGGUGUACCACUCGGGACAGUGGGGGACGGUGUGUGAUGACGGUUGGGGUCUGAGCGACGCCCAUGUGGUCUGCAGACAGCUUGGUUGCGGGGUGGCUAUAGACGCUCUGGGAUCAGCCCGGUUUGGGGAAGGUAACGGCUCGAUUGCGCUGGAUGACCUGGCGUGUUUUGGUUCGGAAGAUUCUCUGCAGGACUGCGGCCACAGUGGGCUGUGGAUCCACAACUGUGGCCACCAUGAAGAUGCUGGAGUCAUAUGCUCUGACAUCUCCUUCAUAGCGCGCUUGAUGAACGGCCCUGACCGCUGCUCUGGAAGGGUGGAGGUGUACCACUCGGGACAGUGGGGGACGGUGUGUGAUGACGGUUGCGGUCUGAGCGACGCCCAUGUGGUCUGCAGACAGCUUGGUUGCGGGGUGGCUAUAGAUGCUCUGGGAUCAGCCCGGUUUGGGGAAGGUAACGGCUCGAUUGCGCUGGAUGACCUGGCGUGUUUUGGUUCGGAAGAUUCUCUGCAGGACUGCGGCCACAGUGGGCUGUGGAUCCACAACUGUGGCCACCAGGAAGAUGCUGGAGUCAUAUGCUCUGGUAGGAGUCUCUGA